AUACCACGAGUCGAGAUGAUCGUACUUUGGGUCCCACGGAAGUUUCCAAAGAUAGCCCGGGUAAGUUCAAGCGGGGAACAACAGCUGGCUGAGGAAUAUAUAGCUCAUUUCAGCUGCCAUUGGCGCAAUAGCGAGAUUUCCAUCGAGAGAAAAAACAAUAACACUAUUCGUACAUGCGUCCUCGUACCUGCAAAACCUACCUGCCUCAUUGGUGGAGUGGGAAACGGCUCCUCGAGUGGGUCCCGCCAAAGUUCCUUGUUUAACUCCAAUAAAAGGCGGGUAUCGAACAGGUCGUGGAAAGACUGGUGGAAGUUGCAUGGCUCAUUUAAGAAUGCAGGUCAAAAUGGAAUCCCAUUCACCGGAUCAAACGGCGACGCAGGCAAAUCUAAAUCAGAUCGGGGAGAAAGAAGAACGAAGCAGCAGCAGCAGCCAACAAGGAAGAGGAGAACCAGGGGAAGAGGAAGAAGGAUGAGCGAGGAGGAAGGCAAGAGCAAAGGGGGACCGCAGCAAUACGGCACCUUCCAGGGCGCCCCCAGCUACGCCCAGCCCGCCAUCGGCUUCCCCCAGCCGGUGCCUCCCCCGGGCCACACCGCCGCGCACCCUUUCCCUCCGCCUCAGCAGUCUGGUCCUGCCUAUUACGCCCGCGGCUACCACGCUGUCCCGGGUUAUGCACCUGUUAUUGAAGUUGUUGAAGGAACACCAUUGAGACAGCCACGUCUCGCUUGUUGUGGCUUGGGCAUCGGUUGGCUUUUGUUCAUAGUUGGUUUCUUUCUACCUGCCAUUCCGUGGUAUGUUGGAGCUUUUAUUCUACUUUGUGUUAGAGUAGACUACCGAGAGAAGCCAGGCCUAGUUGCUUGCACAAUUGCAGCCAUCCUUGCUGCAAUUGCUGCUACUGUUGGUGCAACCAAGGGAGCUGAUGUGUGGUGAUAAAUGGUGUGAUUAUUGUGUAUAUGCAUUCUUUCCUGUCUCUAUACCUUGACUAUAGCAAAAAUAUUAGUUGGUGUUGUGGAUGUACUUGUAAUAUGUCAUGGUUCCUCAAUAAAUCACUGAUUCCUUGUA